CAGUGACUUUCCGGUGACCAACCUGUGUGGGGAUAUGUUUACUGUUUGGUCAUAGGACGGUAAAAUUCUUCUGUGUAUUGGGCAAUGAACAUGAUUGCUGAUUGGCCGUAGACCACUCGACUGUUUCGACGACAUAUCAUCGAUCAGCCGCGUACUGGUGCACUGGACGUCCUGGUGCGCAGACUGUUUGGUCUAAAUGACUUGUGCCGUCUUGUAAUCUUGUCUCAUACUGGAUCACUGAGUACACUGACAUACAACAACUGUGUAGAUUUGUAGAUGCAUCAUAAUAGUACAAUACUUUGAAACUGUUUUAUCUUUUAUGUAUUUACUUUUUAUUAUUGUCUUGCCUACGUUAAAUGCGUCUAUCGAUUUUUCUCCGUAGCAUUCCGUUUCGAUUAUACAAAAACGAUAUUACAAUCAUCAUUAAUUGACGACGCUGAAAUAUAUCAAUUGAAUAUGUAACAAAAACAACAACAACAGCUAAUAGUGACGCUAAAGAUAACGCUACGCCGUCAUACAGACUCGCCACCACGGUAUAAAUACAAAAGUUGAUUACAAUAUUAUAUUAUAUUGGCUGUUUAACAAUCAAUCAAGAUGGGUCAAUUUAUUAGUACAGAUCGCACUGACAACAGCAAUGACGAGCUUAUAAAUACAUUAAUUAAGAGAGAGUAUAUACACACAAUUAAUGUGGAAAAAGUGUUCAGAAGUGUUGACCGAGGAUUAUAUUAUACCAAUGAUAAUAAACUAAACGCCUAUAGAGACAGUGCUUGGCAAUCAGGAGAUGUUCAUUUGUCUGCACCAAGUGUUUAUGCUACAGUUUUAGAAUGUUUGGAUCUCCAUAAGGGUCAUAAGUUUUUAAACAUUGGUUCUGGGAUAGGGUAUUUUAGUACCCUAGCUGGUCUUUUAUUGGGUGUUAAUGGUGUCAAUCAUGGCAUUGAAAUUCAUGGUUCUUCAAUAGAAAUUGCUCAUCAAAAGUUGGAAGAAUUUAAACAAAAUUCUGCAGCAAUUGAUUAUUUUGACUUUUGUGAACCUGUAUUCAUCGAAGGAAAUGCAUGUGAACUGCUGUCAGUGGGUUACUAUGAUAGAGUCUAUUGUGGAGCUGGAGUACCACCUGCGGAAUCUUUAUUUAUGAAGGCCCUUAUUAAAAUUGGUGGUGUAUUAGUUAUGCCAUUGGAAGGGUUCCUCGUAAAAGUAAUAAGGAAAGGUGAAUACUCAUGGAAAACAAUUGAAGUUUUGGAAGUAUCGUUUGCUGAUCUUGUUGUACCAGAAAAAUGUAGUACUAUCAAAGUUGCAAAGUUUCCUACUGUUGAACCAUUGAGUUUACAAGAGCUAUGCAGAUCAAACAUUCGUGCUUCCAUACGAGAUUGCUUGAAUGAAAGUCAUCCUGGCUUGCAAAUGCGCACUAAAUGUAAGCCAACUAAAAGUUACGAUCAAAAAUUUUUUAGUUCUGAAGAUCCAUUAAGUCAAUUUGUCCGCAUACAAUAUGGUGCAAAUGAUAGAGGAAUGGUUAGUUUACGGAACAUUGUAGAUACAUUUGCUGGUUUAGACGAGGCAAUAUCAGAUCUGGGUUCAACAUCUGGGAACGAGGCCAUUGAAGAAGAUAAUGAUGACGAUAACAGCGGUGACAAUGAUGACAAUAAUGAUGAUGAUGAUGAUGAUGAAGAUGAUGUUGAUUAUGUUGAUUAUGUUGAAGAAAAAAAUACAAGUGAACAAUGUGAUAAAAGUUUACCUAAGAAAACUGAAUCAGAUACCAAAAGAAAAUCAUCUGAAGCUGGAUGUUCUGAACAAAAUAAGACAUUGCCAGAAAAACCAGAAAACACAAAAAGAAUGAGAAUGAACACAUCAUCUUCUACAGUCACAAAUCUCUUAAACAGCCAGUCUACCAAUAGCAGUAGUGAUUUUUGGGAGACAAUGUCUAGUGAUUCAUCCGAGCCUGAUGAUGAUGAUGACAACCUUGAUGAUUCUGAUAGCUGGGUGUCAUCUGAGGAAAAUGAUCAUAAUGAUGAUGAUUUUGGCGGAAUCUAUAACUCUUUGUUUAAUGGUGAAGAUAACUAUGACAGCGAUACUGAUAGCGAAGUUGCUAGAGAAUUGAUAUUGUACCGCUUUCUAAGCGAACGCAAAGAAAAUGAGUUGAGUAAACUUCUGAAAGGUAAAAUUGAUUUGUUACCAGUACCAGCUAUGCUAAAACUGUUUCUCAAUUACAACAAAAGAGAUUGAUUAGAUUUUUGGCUAUUUAUAAAACAUUUUUUUGUUAUAUUAUCAUUCGAUUAUUUAGUUCAUAUAUUUUUUUUUUCUGUAUAUAAUAUAUAUAAUUCUCAACUACAUUUUAUCUAGUUUAGUUGUUUAUUAUAAGAACUUAAAUAUGAUUUGUACAUUAUUUACUAUUAACUACUAUGUCUUAAACCUAUUACAUUUCAGAUUUUUUGUUAGUAUUCAUUGUUUAAUCAAAGCACAACAUUUAUUUUCUAAAAAAUACAAUUCCCCCCUCCAAACUAUUUAAGAUGUGGAAUAGUAAAAAAAGAAAUAACACAUGUAUGUAUUAUAUUGUGUUUUUGUUAAGAUUUUUUUGUUAAAUAAUUUAUGUCAUUUUAUUUACCUUUAUAAUAACCAGGAUAAUAUUAUAUUUCAUUUACAAUGAUGUAUAUUUAAUAAUAUUGUCAGAAGUGUAAAUGUUACAAUGAUUAUUCUUAUAAAUUAUAAUUUUUAAAAUGUGCUAAAUGUUUAAAAGAUAUAUGUAAACAUCAAUAAAGGAAAGUUUUCAUAAUGA